AUGGCCAGUCUUAAGGCCCUCCUAUCUGGGAAUCCUCCAGACAACAUGGUGGAUCUCUCAGGCAUUCCAUUAACUUCACGGGACCUGGAACGGGUGACCAGCUAUCUUGAGCGCUGCGGAGAGCAGGUGGACAGUGUGGAGCUGGGCUUCACGGGCCUCACAGAUGACAUGGUCCUACAGCUACUGCCAGCCCUCAGUUCCCUGCCUCGUCUCACCACACUAGCCCUCAAUGGCAACCGACUGACCCGGGCUCUGCUGAGGGACCUCACUGACACCCUUAAGGACCCCAGCAAGUUCCCCAAUGUCACAUGGAUUGACCUGGGCAAUAAUGUGGACAUCUUCUCACUACCCCAGCCCUUCCUGCUCAGCCUGCGGAAGCGCUCUCCAAAACAGGGCCACCUACCAACUAUCUUAGAGCUGGGUGAGGGGCCAGGUACUGGGGAAGAAGCCAGGGAAGGUAGGACUCAGCAGGACCCCACAGGGAGCCCUGUGACACCUGCUAGGGGCCAGGAGAGUAGAGAGGCUGUGAUUCAGACAUGACAUAGAAAUAGGGGUCCUAACCAGGGAGUCCUUCUGGAUGGCCAAGGCAGGUUAGGGGUCCCUGGGAUCAGGGGAAUGUCUGGACAGCCCUACUCAGCUCUCACCAGUAUUAGAUCAGAAUACUAACCGGUCCUCAAACCCAACUCCCAGUACUUGCUCAAGGGCCUCAGAUGUCUCCAUUCAGCUGCUCUCCUAGACCAAUGCACCUGGACCAAAAGUUCUUUAUUGGGCCCACUUACAAUUUAGGAAGGUAUCAUAGGCACCUACUCUUAAGACAUCUACCUACUUCCCAAUUCCCAGGGCCUCUUGAAGGCAGCAUGUCUCAGACUAAGUGUGGAAAACCAAGUACAUGCUGCGGACCUUUUGCUGGCUGGCAAUCUUACUGUGUAGGGCAGUACCUUGCCUAGCUCCCUUACUCAACCAGCACUUUUUCUACCAGCUGUUUCAGGUUCUCCUCCCAUAAUCUUUUCGCUUUUCAAAAACUCACUUACCAAGGCUCCAGAACUAGUUAAGUCCUAGUUAAGCAAAAGGGGAAAACUGGGGGGGUUCCUAACACCCAUAAGCACUCCUCGUCCCCAACAAGGAGCAACUGCCCAAGAGAACUGUUCUGAAUUAAAUGGUCAAAUCUGAACUCAAUGGGGAAGCACAGCCUUACUGGCCAGGUAAGCAAACUAGUUUACAGGAUCUGGACAAGAUGGUACUUUGCAUGGUACUGCACAAUCGCAGCCAAGGACAGGAACUGAGUGUGGGUGCCUUACAUGCUUUGGAAUCUUUGUCCAAGUCUUAGGUUGUGAAAACAGCCUAGACUGACCAGAAGUUUACAGUGCUAAAGCUGGACUGCUUAACACCUGACACUCAACUUUACUCUUCAAAUACAGGUUUUUAAGGACCAAUACCAAAGA